UCUCUAAACACUAACACAAAAGAACGGUAGUGUAUAUUCAUAGAUAUAUUGCGCUGAUUCGGUUUUAGAUGACGUGUGCAAAUAAAGGGGAGUAGCUACUUUUUAACUGACAGUUAACUGACCUUAACUGAAUUUAGAAAUAUUUCACAAUAUGAAAUAGACCCUCCCAUCAGCACGAACUCUCCACAUGUAAUUCUCAAAUUACAGUAAUAAACUGCCUAUAUAAAGACCGAGAUCGUCCAACUAAAAGCACCAGAAAUCGACUGGACGACACAGACGAACACCUGAUACUCAACGCAGGCUCAAGAAAUGUCUGGAAAAAAAUGGGCUCUCCUUGUCGCCGGCUCAAAGGGCUGGGAUUAUUACAGACACCAGGCCAAUGUGUGCUGUGCAUAUCAGAUCAUUAGGAAACGUAUUCCUGAUGAGCAGAUUGUGGUGAUGAUGUACGAUGACAUCGCUCAGAAUCCACGAAACACAUCUCCUGGAAAAAUUUUCAGUGCAGUAACUGAACUGGGAGAUGUGUACACAGGAGUGCCAACAGACUACACUGGAAAGGAUGUGAACCCAAAGAACUUCCUGGCAGCUCUACAAGGAAAAACAACUUCAAAGAAAAUCAUCAAAAGUGAAAAAGAUGACAAAAUAUUCAUCUACAUGUCCACUACAGGAGGUCGAAACACAUUUGCCUUUCCUGAUCACUCACUUCCUGCCGCUGACCUCAUUGCAGCAAUCGAAAGCAUGUUUAAUAACGACAAAUUCUCAAAGAUGGCGAUAUACAUGGAUUCGGAUUAUUCUGCAACAAUGUUUAAUGACCUUUCCCAUAGUAAAAAUGUCUAUGCAGUGAGUUCAUGUGAUGAGAAGAGCACGAACAUACUCAGUGAUAAAGACUCAUCCAUGGGCUUCUUCCUCUCUGAUCAGUUUUCUUCUGCUCUGCUGAAGUUCAUUCAUGUGACUAACUAUAAUUCAGCAACACUCAAAAAUCUGUUCGACAAUCUUUCAGCAUCUGUCAAAAGCAACCUGAAAGAGCAUGGGGACAUGGAAAUCAGGGACUGUCAACUUCGUGAGUUCCUGUAAAACUGAACCUUGAUCAAAAAAGCAUCUGUCUGAGGGGCGCAUUAAAAUUAUACGAGUGUUUUGAUGACCUUUUAUACUAGUUUCUAGUUUCACUUUCACUUCUUGCUUUAUGAUUAUUAUUAAAUUGAUUGUGACAUUUGUGUUGAAGAUUUGAAGAAGAUUCUUGUGUUCACUGAGGCUGCAUUUAUUUGAUCAAAAACACUAAUAUUGUGAAAUAUUGCUCGAGCGAGUACAUCAUAAAAACGUAAAAAUUCUGAUAUUUUUAUUACCAUUUCUGAUCAUUUUGUUUGACUCUUAUUUUUAAUCACUUGUAAUUCUGUCCUCUGUAAAUCAUCUAAUAUUAGAUGUGUUCUGUGUGUGAACUACUAACAACCAAAAAAAAUAAAAAAUCUGGGAAUGGGGUUAAAAGUCCAA